CUUUGUUUGUGUCACGGUCUGCAAGACGUAAUUAUUUAGCUCUAUACGCAUUUAAUAUCGAAAUUAAUAAUAUUAUUUAUGAUUGUGGCGAAACAAUGACAGCUCUGGUGCGUUUACAAUGGUGGCGUGAAAUUAUAAGUAUAAUCUACCGCAAUAAAGCAGUAAAUGAUAAUCCAAUAAUAUUGGAACUUGCAAAUGUUAUAUACUCUUGCACUAUACCAGAAUUUUUAAUCAAUGACUAUCUUGAUGGAUAUGAGCAAAUGGUUUAUCAGCCAUUCUAUAGAAAUACUCCUAAUUUAGAAAAAAUUGCAGCACAAACUACUGUAACUUUGAUAAAAAUGCUUUUUACCAUAAUAAUACAAAAUUAUAGCAACGAUCAAUUAGCGUAUCAUUGUGGAGUUGCUUGGCACUUAAUGAAUAUCCUUCGCGGUACGGCUACAGAACAGUUGGAUGAAGAAACAAUGGUAUCGAUAGUUGAAAGAACUGAAUACCAUAUAAAUCAAGUAAAAAAGUUAAUAAAGACGGUGCCAAAGGAAAUAGUUAAAAUAACACUACAAACGAGACUUGCAGGUUUAUAUCUAAAACGUAUUCGCAAUAAAAAAUCUGACUUUACUAAUGGUAAAAUAGGUGUGAUAUCACCUAUUAUGCAAAUCAAGAUGUUGUUUUACUACUUUUUUAUAUAG